AUGUCUAUUGAUCGGAUCCUUCGAGGCGCGUGCCACUGCGGUCGUUUUGGCUAUGAGGUCGCCAUGCCAGAGGAUCUCACGGAUGCAGAUGUCAUCUUCAAAACAGAUCCCGUUCACCGGUCGACCAUGGCUAACCCCUUCCCCUCUAUCUACGUGUUCCCUUCAUGUGCGUAUCAUAGCGAGGAAACCGGGGACGCGGAUUUCAUCAUGGUCACUCUCGGUAGUCUAGACACGGAAGAUCUCCGCGAUCUCGAAAUCUUGGGCCUCAUUCCUGGCAGUGACGACGGCGAAGAUGACGAAAACCGAGCUGCCCCUCCUGGGCCUUCCGCUUCCACGAACGAUUCCGAAGAGGUCAGUGCCACUGACCCAGCCAUCGACAACGCCCUCAAGAUCCUCGCUGGGAUUCCGUGGUUCGAAUCCCUUGUCGAAGGCUCGAUCCUCGGCAGGCUCACCCAGGCUACCCGCGCUCGCCAAACAGAGAUCGCGGUACCCGGCGGCGGCGACACCCCCAAGCUAACCAUACAGUGGGAAAUCACGGAAUUCCAUGAUGAUGACGACGAGUCGGACGACGCAGGGCUGAACACGCGGUCCGGGACUCUUUUCGGGAAGAGAAAACUCCGCGAAUUUGUGGAUGAGAUGGAAAAGGAGCUGGGGUUCUAA